UUACACGAAUGUUCCACCAUCUAUAUGAUUUCUGUAAGAAACAGAAGGAUACCAUUUUUGUAGCUUAAAUUAUGCCUACCACGAUGUCCUUAAAAAACAAAACUUUGACACUGCUAAAUAACCGGGUAGUUAAGUCCGUUAUUGCGGUCACGUGUUCAUAAUCAUAUUACAGUUGUUCACAACAGGGGUUGAAACUCGGAACCACUCUACUUCAACUCUGCUUGCUUGAGUUUAGUUUAUACAAUCAGCAAGGUGUUUGGAUAUGAAUCAUUCUGCGGCUGGAAGUGAUGAUAUAAGAGCGGUUGAAAUUACCAAGGAUAGGAACGGAAUAGGCCUAGUGGUUCUGCGGAACCAUCGAGGAGCCUCGGCAAGGGUUAGUUUGCACGGAGGGCAGGUUCUUUCAUGGAAAUGGGAACGUGGGGAGGAGCUUUUGUUCACUAGUAGUAAGGCUAUCAUAAGUCCUCUCAAACCAUUACGAGGAGGAAUUGCAAUCUGUUUCCCUCAGUUCAGAAACCGUGGAUCAUUAGAGCAUCAUGGGUUUGCCCGGAACAAAAUGUGGGUAAUUGAUCAAGAUCCUUCACCGUUACCCACUGAUUCCAGUGAAAAAGCCCAUAUUGACUUGCUGCUCAAACCAACAGAAGAUGAUCUGAAAAUAUGGCCACAUAGCUUCGAACUUCGGUUAAGGGUCUCUUUGGGAGGCAAUGGAUAUUUAACUCUGAUUUCUCGCGUCAGGAACGUCAAUAGCAAGCCCUUCAGUUUCUCCUUUGCGUACCAUACAUAUUACUCUGUCUCGGAUAUCAGUGAAGUGAGGGUGGAAGGAUUGGAAACUCUUGACUAUCUAGACAACUUACACAACCAAGAACGCUUCACGGAACAAGGAGAUGCAUUGACAUUUGAAUCAGAGGUGGAUCGAGUGUAUCUUGAUUCGGGCAGCAGUGGGGUGGCUGUUCUAGACCACGAAAAGAAGCAGACAAUUGUCAUAAGAAAGGAAGGACUCCCAGAUGUUGUUGUUUGGAAUCCGUGGGAGAAAAAGUCCAAGGCGAUAGUGGAUUUGGGGGAUGAAGAGUACAAGCAGAUGGUGUGCGUGGAUGGUGCAGCGAUUGAGAAACCAAUCACGUUGAAGCCAGGUGAAGAAUGGACUGGCCGCUUGGACCUCUCUGUGGUCCCUUCCACUUGAUAUGACACCAAUUUGGUAUGAAGAUGCUGAUAAAGUGGAAUCAAUCUUAGGUGGAGUAGUUUAAAUGUUUUUUGUUAUCACAGUUCAAAGUUUUAUUUUGUUUGACAAAAAGCAUCUAAGACAUGCAUGUGCUGGAGUUGUCUCAUAAACUAACUAAAACAUACCAUCCAGCAUUCUUUUUGGCUGAUGGUGAACCUGUCUAUGCAGACUCUCAAACUUACUACUCAUGUAUGCUUGUAGAUAAAGACUACAUGUCUAAAAUGUUGCUUCACUA